GUGGCGAGAACCUGUGGUAGCCUUCAGUCGUCAGAAACGCUCAAAAGCAAGUUUUCAAUACGUACUUUACUGUUUACUGCUCUUGUUGGGGGACGGCCUUGUCGGGGGAUAGCUUUCUUUUUUCUUGUCUUGCCCUCUCCUCAUCCUUCUCUCCUACCCUCUCUUCAUCACUACACACGUUAGAGUAUUCCUCCGCUCUGCCUCUUCUUCUGGGCUUGCUCUUCUCCUGUCUUCGUGUUACUUCCUCCCCUCCCCACUCUGCUCUCUCCACUAGCCACCUGGGUAUUGUAUAGUUGGUCCACAGCUCUCUUCUGCCAUGUGGUGGCUGCUCAGUAUACUGGGCUGUGUUCUGCUGGUGGCGGUCAUCUUCUUCCUGACCACUCGACAGCGUUACAGGUUGUUCAGUGAGAAGUGCCUGAGGCCACCAGGACCCUUGGUCACAGACAGCAAACAGAGGGACGACAGACUGAAGAAAGGUUUUCGUGUGGACCGCGUUCCCCCUGCUCUGGAUGCGGUGGUGAUCGGCAGUGGUGUGGGAGGUUUGACAGCAGCAGCGCUCUUGGCCAAAGCUGGGAAGAAAGUUUUGGUUCUGGAGCAACAUGAUCAGGCUGGAGGCUGCACACACACCUUCCAGAAUAAGGGAUUUGAGUUUGAUGUGGGUAUUCAUUACCUGGGCCAGCUUCAUGAGAACAGCCUGCUGAGAGUCACUCUGGAUCAGAUUACAGAGGGACAGCUGCAGUUUACACGUCUGGGACAGCAUUUUGACACACUGAUCCUGGGUCAGGCUGACCAGCGCAGGGAGUACCAUAUCCAUGCAGGGAAGACUGAGAUGGCCGAAAGUCUAAAGAAGCAGUUUCCAGGAGAGGAGGGGGCCAUUGAUGAAUUCAUGAGAUUAAUGAAGCUAGCCUCACAGCGGACACCACUUAUCGCCAUCUUGAAGAUGAUACCCUAUUGGCUGGUUAAUUUCCUGGUUCGUAACGGCCUUUUACAUCGAAUAUCUCAAGUGUUCAGCCUGGCAACAACCAACCAUUCCGAAAUGAUGUCCCGCCUUACACAGAACAAGGACCUGCAGGCUCUGUCUGCCUACCUGUUCUAUGGUGUCCCUCCAAAAGAGUCCAGCUUUCUCAUCAAUGCUCUCCUCCUUCACCACUACAAACGUGGCGCAUACUACCCACGAGGGGGCGCCAGUGAAAUUGCCUUUCACAUCAUCUCUGUCAUUCAGCAAGCAGGGGGCGCAGUGCUAGUCAGGGCUCCUGUGCAAAGCAUCCUCCUCAACCAGCAGGGGAAGGCCUAUGGUGUGACAGUGCGUAAAGGACAAGAGCAGAUUGAGGUCCAUGCCCCUGUUGUCAUUUCCAAUGCCGGCAUCUUCAACACUCUCCAGAGGUUUCUUCCGAAGCAAGUACAAGACAAACCAGAGAUCCAGUCACUGGUGGGGAGGCUACGUCAUGGUAUGGGUUCCUUCUUGGUCUUUGUUGGUCUGGAUGGAACCAAAGAGGAGCUGGGCAUCGUUUCUACCAACUUCUGGAUGUAUAAAGACAACGACUUGGAUCCACUAAUGGAGCGAUACUCUUCCCUGAGCAAAGAUCAGGUACUGGGGAACAUUCCCAUGAUGUUCAUCACCUUCCCAUCCGCUAAGGAUCCCACAUCGAACAUUCGACAGCCAGGCAAGUCAUGUAUGACAUUGCUGACCAUGGCUCGCUAUGAGUGGUUCGAGGAAUGGGAGGGGACAAAACUUGGCAAGAGGGGACAGGACUACAUGGAUCUGAAAAACAGCAUGGCCCAAGAGCUGCUGGACUGGGCACUAACCAUAUUUCCACAACUGCGAGACAAGGUGGUGAUGGUGGACGCUGCCACUCCUCUAACAAAUGUCCACUAUUUGGGAGCUCCAAGAGGCGAGAUGUACGGCGCUGAACACAACUUGGAGCGCUUCACCCCAGAAACGGUUGCUCGGACACGAUCACAGACACCAAUCGACGGACUCUACCUAACAGGGCAGGACGUGUUCUGUAAUGGCCUGGCUGGAGCUGUGCACGGCGGAUUGCUCUGUGCCUCUGCUGUCCUCAAUCAGAUCCUCUACAUUGACCUUCUGGCCCUGAAGACCCAACUCAAACACAAACAGACCAAAAAACAUAAGCUGACCUAGUAGUGACAGGGUGAGAGUGAUUUGAGUGAAGUGAGAAAGGAAACAAAGGAAGUGAGGAGGAAAUCAAAAGAGAGGAGGGUUAGGGUAUGUCAUGUCUUCCCACAAUCUGAGAGCCAAUUCAAUAUUAAAGUAAUCCUGUCCUUAAUCUGCCUUUACCCAGUUGGUUUAUUAAUCAUUGACUGCGUCUGCUGUGAUCACAAGACAGAUCACAAGUAGCUAACAUGGCUGCUAAUGCGGACAUUGGAAAUUGAUAAAAAGUAGACAGAUGGUACAAGUUAUGUGUGAAUUUAAAUAAAGCUAUCGAGAUAAAUAGAACAUGUGUUUGGUUUUCAUUUUGAACUCGCGGUGUGUUGAUGCAAGGAAAGGUUCCCCAAGGACAAAGUUAUAUGAAGCAUGUGAAGCAAAGGUGUUUUUUAUUUU